CUCAUUCAGGCUUGGGUAGGCUGGAAAGCACCUCCAAUUUUAAGUAUAGAGCUGGUCUAGUCUGAAGCAGGCCAGACCCCAUAACUGAAACUCACUCUGAAAUGGGCUUCAACUUGAACCUUCUCAAGACUUCGCCAAUCUCAUCCACAAAAUCCCUUCUCUUCACCACCACCACAACCAGACCCGCCUUUAUUUUCUCUUCUCUUCUUACUUGGUCUCCACCAACCGUCCGUUUAUCCUCUUCUUCUUCUCUUAAACCUGUCGCUCGCUCCAUUUCUUCGUCUGGGUUCAACUCUUUCCAUUUUCACCACAGCAAGCUCAGCUUCCGCGGUGGGGUUUUCAUCGCCAUGGCCGCAUCUGGGUCUGUCCAGAAAUCGGAGGAGGAGUGGCGUGCAGUUCUUUCGCCCGAACAAUUUCGGAUUUUAAGGCUAAAGGGAACCGAGUACCCAGGCACCGGAGAAUAUGACAAGCAUUUUGAAGAGGGUGUCUACAAUUGUGCUGGAUGUGGUACUCCACUUUACAGGUCCACAACCAAAUUCAAUUCUGGUUGUGGCUGGCCAGCUUUCUACGAGGGUCUUCCCGGAGCCAUCAAUCGCACUCCUGAUCCUGACGGUAUGAGGGUUGAAAUUACAUGUGCGGCGUGUGGUGGGCACUUAGGCCAUGUAUUCAAAGGUGAAGGGUUUCCAACACCUACUGAUGAGCGCCACUGCGUCAAUAGUAUAUCCCUCAAGUUUGUUCCUGCAAAUGCUUGAUCCUCCUGGGGAAGUAAUACAUAAUAAUGGGUUAUUUCAAGGACAUUAAUUGAUGAUUCUGAUCAAAUGUAGUGUGAUCAAGUCAUGUUGCUCAAAUAAAAACCGACAAUAUUAUGGAGGUGAAAACCAUGUUCAUUCUAUAAAUCUGUCAUUCCUCCAA